UUUAUCCUGCUCAAACCAUGGGCUCCCAGGCCAGGAGACACCAUUCUGUCCUUAUGAAACUUUUAGCAUAACAACCUAAUCUCCAGGACGGACUUUGUUCAGAUACAACACAGUUCUGGCAUUGAGGUGUCCAGGCAUGGUUUUUGGAGCGCUGACAUUUAUUCACCCAGCUUUGCGGGGACAGGGCCAGAGGCUGUGCACUGCAGACAAGGCAUGCAGUAACGCCCGGCUGGGAGCUGCAUUGCAGACAGUGGAAGAGGGGUCUGGGGACGAUGUGCACUGCAGGGUAGCAGCAGUCAGUAAGGUCCUGAGCCUACAAAUGGCUGAGUCUACCUCUGAGUCCCCCUCUCAUAAUCAUUGGGGAAACUCACGGAGUGUGGGGAGCAGGCACAUCCAUGGCCACAGCACUGGAUUGCAGUCUCCUUGGCGAGUACCUGGCCUUUUACUGAAAAGCCAUUGAUUUGCGAGGAUCAAGAUGAAAGAGGAGGAACCUCGGCAGCGUAGGAAGGAAGGCAGGAUGAAAAAUGGAGAGCGAUCCAAGCACAAAGCAAAGAGCAAGGGUAAACACAAAGACAGCAGACUUGGCAGCUGGGAAGCAGAGAAUGUCCCUUUGGUCUCACAGCAGAAGCAGCCAGCCGAGGGGAAAGGGCCCAUGGCAAAGCUGCAGGACGAAUCAGCCAUUGCAAUUGGCCUGCAGGUGCUCCUGCCGUACCUGUUAGCAGGGCUUGGCAUGGUCUUGGCUGGGAUGGUUUUGGACUAUGUUCAGCACUGGGAUGUGUUUCGGACAAUUACAGAAGUUUUUAUCUUGGUUCCUGCCCUGGUUGGCUUGAAGGGAAACCUUGAAAUGACCCUGGCAUCCAGACUCUCUACUGCUGCUAACACUGGACAGAUGGAUGAUACCCAGGAACAAUGGAAAAUGGCCACCUGCAAUUUAGCCCUGAUUCAGGUACAGGCCACUGUAGUGGGGCUGCUGGCUGCCAUAGCUGCUGUCAUCCUGGGAGCGAUCUCAAAGGGGCACGUGGAGCUGAAUCAGGCUGCAGUGCUCUGUGCGAGCAGCGUGACUACAGCAUUCAUAGCUGCACUCUCCCUAGGUCUGGUGAUGAUUGGCGUGAUCAUCGGUGCGAGGAAGGUGGGGAUAAACCCAGACAACGUCGCCACUCCCAUAGCAGCUAGCCUUGGAGAUUUGAUAACCCUUUCUCUGCUAGCAGGAAUCAGCAGCACCCUCUUUAAAUAUAUAGAUGUGAAAUACCUUUCACCUCUGAUCUGCGCUGUGUUUGUUAUCAUGAUUCCUCUUUGGGUUGCUGUUGCCAAGCAAAGUCUGUCUAUUGCUGAAGUCCUGAAGUCUGGAUGGCAGCCGGUGAUUGUUGCAAUGAGCAUCAGCAGCAUUGGUGGGCUGAUCUUGGACAAAACUGUAACUGACCCGAACUUUGAAGGCAUGGCGGUUUUUACACCUGUGAUUAAUGGUGUUGGUGGGAAUCUGGUAGCCAUCCAAGCCAGCCGCAUCUCCACGUUCCUGCACUUCUGGAGUAUGCCUGGAGUCCUGCCCUACAAGAUGAGGCAGAACUGGCCCAGUCCAUGCACUACGUUCUUCAUGUCAGGGGUGAAUUCCAAGUCAGCCCGUGUCCUGUUCCUGCUGGUUAUCCCUGGACACCUGGUGUUCCUGUACACCAUUCGCCUCCUGCAGGGUGGGCACACAGCCAUCACCUUCACGUUUGUGAUGUUUUAUCUGACUGCUGCUUUGCUGCAGGUGGGAAUCCUGCUGUACAUGGCUGAUCUAAUUGUGCGACUGGUAUGGAGGAAGGCCCUGGAUCCAGACAACUUCUCCAUCCCCUACCUCACUGCCCUGGGCGACCUCCUGGGCACGGGAUUCCUGGCACUUUGCUUCCGCUUGGUUUGGCUCGUCAAUGGGACUGAGAUGAAACUGGGAAACUAACAGAACGUCUGCUGCAGCAUUGGCCCAUUGCUGCUCCACCAAGCAAGUCAUUCAGUAUGGUGCUUUGACAUGGUCCAACACGGUUGUUAGAGACUAUGUCUCAGACUAAGUCUUUAAACUGAAUGAGUCUGCUAUCCUUGCCCUCCCCUAUUGACCACUGCAGUGCCUUACAGCUGUCGAAUUCAGAUCAAAAGAAGCAGCAUCCGUCUGGACUUACUCAGGUUUGAAAGCAACCUAGACAUCCUAAAACAGUAUACUCUGUCCAUGUGUGCAUCUAGAAAAUCAGGGGUUAAGGAACACAGGUCAUAUCUUGGGAAAUCUGCAUUUUGAUUGGCUUAAAAAUGUAUGAUUGUAACCACCUGGUAAGUGGGAGAGUAAUGCACACCCCAUUGAAGUCAAUGGAAGUCUUUCCAUUGUCUUCAGUUAAUCUUUAGAUCAGAUCCUAGAUGAGGAUGUUGCAAUGUCUCUGAUCAGGAAUUAGAGCCCAAGUAAUAUUUUCUUGCCUCCUCCCUCCCCAACACAUUCCCGGGGAGGGAGAAUCAAUAAGGGCCUUAAAAUUCUCUCUCCAUAAUUUCUGUAUUCAGGGUCUCAAAAAGCAUGUUCCCCAUUAGAUUGCAAUGCACUGAAAAAUCAUCCAGGGCAGGGCCUGCCUAAACAAGCAUCUCUAACUGACAAGGUGGAUUGUUCUUUGUUGACAGUUUAAGGAACAUCUGUUCAGUAGUUUUUAUGGUUUAUUGAAACACACAAAUAAAAUGUAAAACCUUUCGUA